GUGACAUUACGUUCGUUUGGUUACUCCUCUGGUCGUCUCCAUGACUCGGUGUAGUAGGAUGGCAGAUGGAUCGAUAUAUAGGCGAGAGGCCGGAGUGCCCAACAUGUCUUUACAAACGAACCACUGGUCUCUGCUCUUCUACAGCUACAUAAAAUCUUAAUCACCAUCCUCCACCUUGUACCUAAAUUCUAAUCAAAGCCUUCUCACAAUACCAUGACGGCAGACUCAACAAACGAUGUCAAAGACACCGUCACCAAUGGCGCCCCCAGCGGUGCCAAUGGUCAAUCCCAACUUCCCACCGAGGAAGACAUGACACUUCUCCAGCUCCAACAAAGAUAUGCCGAAGAAGCUGCCAAGCGCAUCCGGGCGGACGGCCCUACCCAGUUCCUCGACCUCACAGAUGCCGACACAGACCGGUUCAAGGCCAUCGCCGAGGAUCCCUGGGCCGACCACGCCGCUCUCAACGCCAAAGAGACAGUCAAGGACGGAGCCGCCUAUAAAUUCCUCUUUCUCGGUGGCGGAUACGGUGGUCUCAUAUUCACCGUCCGCCUCAUCCAGGCUGGUCUGAUCAACGUGCCCGACGAUGUUAGACUGGUCGAUGCCGCGGGCGGUUUCGGCGGCACCUGGUACUGGAACAGGUAUCCAGGACUCCACUGCGAUGUUGAGAGUUACAUCUACAUGCCACUGCUCGAAGAGACAGUGUAUAUGCCCAAGCAAAAAUACGCACCCGGGACCGAGCUCCGCGAGCACGCUGAUCGGAUUGCCACCCAGUUCGACCUGCACGACAAGGCCCUCUUCCGCUCAAACGCAAAGGCAGCGACAUGGGACGAGGAAGAGAAGCUUUGGACUGUCCAGGUCACGGAGGGACGGGGACCAAAUGAGCCGAGCAGAGAGUUGACACUCAAGUGCCAGUAUCUGCUGGUUGCUUCAGGAGUGCUCAACGUCCCUCAUGUGCCCAAAAUUCCUGGGCUCGAGGGAUUUGGCGGUGAGAUGUUCCACACAGCCCGUUGGAAUUAUUCUGCCACUGGUGGCUCCUAUGAGAACCCGGAUAUGGAGAAGUUGAAGGACAAGCGGGUGGGAAUCAUUGGAACCGGCGCGACUUCUAUCCAGGUCAUUCCGCAGCUGGCGAAGUGGGCAAAGGAGCUUUACGUGUUUCAGCGAACACCAUCGGCUGUACAUCCCCGUGAUCAAAAGGCGACAGAUCCGGAAGAAUGGAAGUCAAAGAUUGCAUCCAAGAAAGGCUGGCAGAUGGAGCGCGCACUCAACUUUGCCGCACACAUGAGCCUCGCUGCCAAAGAAGGUGAAGAGAACCUAACAAGAAUCCCCGCCUAUUCUGCCCUGAUCGGCUCUCCUGGGUAUGGCCUCGUCGAGCCUACUCCCGAGGCGAUUGGCGCGAACGUGGCACGCCUGUACAAGAUGGAUACCCCCACGGCCGAAACUGCUCGUGCUCGCGUCGACCAGAUCGUCAAGGACCCAGAAACUGCAAACAAGCUCAAAGCCUGGUACCCAUCAUGGUGCAAGCGGCCCACCUUCAGCGAUAUGUACCUCCAAGCCUUUAACGAACCCAACGUUCAUCUCAUCGAUACAAACGGCCAGGGCAUCGAAGCGGCGACAAAGGACGGUCUGGUCUUUGCCGGCAAGGAGUGCCCGGUGGAUGUUCUUGUCCUCAGUACUGGUUAUCGCUCGCCGGCCUUUGGCAACGGCAACCCAGCAGCCAAAACCGGUAUCGAAGUUAUAGGUCGUGGAGGCUUGUCGAUGGACGAGAAGUGGAAGAAUAUCGGCUCAGCGACUCUUCACGGUGUUGCCACCAGUGGGUUCCCCAACCUGUUCUUUGCUUUUGGCCCGCAAACCGCUGCCACAGCCAACUUUGUCACGAUGCUGGAAGUGGGCAUUCAGCACACUGCACACAUUUUGGCCAAGGCAGAGGAAAAGGUGGGUGCCGGCUCGCGAGCUGUAGUUGAGGUUACAAGGGAGGAGGAGGAGGCUUGGACGAUGCAGGUCAUGAUGCGUGCCCCUUAUUUUGCGACCAUCAUGGGCUGUACCCCUGGAUAUCUCAACGGGGAGGGCCACUCUGCAAGACAGGACCCGAAGGACAUGAUGAAGGCGAGUAGGUCGUCAGGAUGGAGUGAAGGAAUGCUGUCGUACAUCAAGGUACUCGAGGAGUACCGCAGCGAAGGGUCUCUGAAGGGUAUCGAGGUCACUGCCGCAUACAAGUAA